AUGAACUCCACCACGCCGUUUGGCAUCGUGGAUUUUUCGCAAGACGCACGUUGGUUGUUCCUUUCAGAGUCCGUAUCGGAUCUCUUGGGCUUCGAGCCUCGUGAUUUGGUAGGUCGGCCAUCCUUGGAGCUCGUUCAUCCAGACGAGUUUCGUCGGAUCAGAAAAAUGCACUAUGAUACCAUACGACAAGAUAAGGCCGCAGUCCUAGCUUAUCUACGCUUAAAGCAUAAAGACCCAUACAAAGGUUACAUACUUUGCGCUGUUUCUAGGACGGUCGUUCAUAACGUCCUUGUGGGCAGUGUAUCUUUUGCCGCUCCUGGAGCCAAAGCUAUGCACAACGCUUCGACUGCACAGGAAGUCGAAGUUGUCACUCCAUCUGCUAAAGAUUUCGAGCUAAGACGAUGGGGUGAUCCAUCUCCGAUGCCUCCUAGCCCCGUACCUGAAAUAACGUUACCUGCAAUAAUCACCGGUGCACCACCACCUAAAGCAGGCGGACCAGCAAAGGAGAAAGAAGCGAGUAACAAGAAAGACCCUGAGCUCGAAGUCAUCACUUUCUCCCCACUGCCUACUCAGUCCGUCCGCACCGCUCUUAUCCUAGACCGGUUCACCGUCAACUGCACUGUUAUAUAUUGCUCAAACGACCAGCUUCUCUCAACUACACAUGCAAUGGGUCGUCCAUUUUUUGAUUUUGUUGUACAACGGGAUGAAGAAAUAGUGCGCAGCUGGAUUGACGUCAUCAAGGCUUGGGGUGUCAAUGAACGGGGACAACCAAGCGAUGGAGGCUUUGGCUUUGGAAAGUUCAAGCUGUUCGCCCAGGGCCGAGAUUCUAGUUCACGUCAAUCCGAGCCAACUCCAUCGCGACACAGACGUGGGUCACACGCGCGCAGCAGCUCUAAAAACCGUCCUAGUCGAUCACACGCAUCUCACUCCGGACCAGCCUCUUCUUCCUCACGCCCGAAGCCGUCCCGCAGUUCUCCAACAUCACCGACGGACGAUGAAAGACCUGUCGAUGCAAUAUUUUCGGCGCACUCCGAUGGUAUCCUUGUGAUCCUCCGCACCACCUCAUAGUCUAAUUGGUUCGCCAACGCACGCACGUGUAUUCCUAUUGAUCUCCCACCGUGCGCCCAUGAUAUCCCCGCCCUCUCCACUCCUCUCUAUGAUUUAUUUGUUAUGAAUUGCUUUCAGGGUAUUCUAGUUUUUUGGUAUCGAAUUCUCGCCAGUAUGCGUUCGAUUGAAUGUUUUUGUCAGUGUAUGCUAUUGUUCGUUAG